CCGUACAGAGGACCUGCAUUAUACGGGGGCGGAUGCAUCCCAGCGGCCGUGGGUGCAAAUCGGACGGUAACUGCGAAGAACUUCCGGAAAAAUUCCCGGGGCUUUAGCCGUGGUUUGGAAUUGGAUAUCGGUUGACGCCGGGCGGUGUGUUUUUUCUUUCUAAUAAAAAAAGGAGAGAGAAAUUUAUGAUGCUCCCAAGUUUGACUCUACGGACGAAUCCGAUAUCUCGAACGGCGAAGAAACCCUCUCCGUCCGUGUCCGUGCGAUGGCGGAGGAGCAGCAGAAAUCUUCGUACGUCGCCAACACCGAGCGCUUCUUCCGCCGGCUCGGCCUCUUCCAAGAAUCCUUCCCCGAAGCCUGCGAGAAGAAAGACUUCUACUCCGAUCUCAUCCGCAGCCUCCUGAAGGUCGACCGCAUCGAGAGCGGCCGCAUCACCUGCUCCCUCUCCGUCAACUCCGCCGUCACCAAUACGUACAACACGCUGCACGGGGGCGUGGUGGCGGCGGUGGCGGAGGCGGUGGCGCUGGCAUGCGUGAGGACGGUCGCCGGCGAUAAGGAGUUCUUCCUCGGGGAGUUUAGCACGUCUUAUCUCUCCGCUGCAAGAUUGGAUGAAGAAGUGGAAGUUGAUGGAUGUAUGCUGAGGCAGGGGAGAAGUGUGGUGGUAACUUCUGUGGAGUUCAAGAGAAAGAAAACUGGAAAGCUGUAUUACGCUUCUCGUGCCACCUUUUACGUAAUGCCCGUUGCAAGUCUAUGAAUUCACUUGUUGGUGAUAUUUAUGUCGAGUAUAAAUAUGCAGCUGUAAAACUGCAAUGGAGCAGAUGCAUUAUUUUCUUGGAUAUGAAUUCUGCCUUUGCCAUUUCUCAUGUCAUGAUUGUUGCUGAGCAUAUAAAGCUGAUGACAACAAAUGUCUUGAACUGCUUUUUUAUGCAACAUCUUAUCUUUAAACCUAACUAAAA